ACUACAUUCAAUGUUCAUCCGGGUUCUGGCGAUGACCCACCAUGUGACCCUCGGGCAAGCAAAUAUGGCGGAGCCCUCCUUUGGGAGUUCGAGCCCAGGGGGUUCAGCUGGCUCUGAUGACCAUGAGUUUGAUCCUUCCGCGGAGAUGUUGGUACAUGACUAUGAUGAUGAGCGGACACUGGAGGAAGAGGAAAUGAUGGAGGGAGAAACGAAUUUUACAGCUGAGAUAGAGGAUUUAGCUAGGGAAGGAGAAAUGCCUAUUCAGGAACUGUUGAGCUUGUAUGGAUAUGGCAGUGGAGGAUCUCCUGAAGAUGACGAUGAAGAUGAAGAAGAGGAAGAAGAGGAGGAUGGAGGGCUAGAAGAUGAGGAGGAUGAAGAAGAAGAAGAGGAAGAAGAUUUAGAAGAAGUUGAUAACGAUGACAACAGUGGCAGCAGUGGCGAUAUGCAACAGAAUAAGGCACAAAUGAUUAAAGAUUCAUCAGGACAGGAGGAUGAAACUCGAUCAUCUAUUGAUGAUCAGACUGCAUCACUCACUUCUCAUAAUAAACCUGAACUGAUCCGUCCUAGAAAGUGCAAGUAUUUUGAAAGUAAUGACAAUGAUGAAGAAUCAGAUGAUGAUGAAGAUUAUAUCCCAUCUGAAGAUUGGAAAAAGGAAAUAAUGGUUGGAUCAAUGUUCCAGGCUGAGACACCAGUGGGACUUUGCAAAUACAAAGAGAAUGAGAAAGUGUAUGAAAAUGAUGACCAGUUACUGUGGAAUCCAGAUAUCCUGUCUGAAAUAAAUGUUGUAGAAUUUUUGACUGAAGCAUCAAAGCGAACAGGUGAAGAAAAAGGUGUUGAUGCAAUUCCUGAAGGAUCUCACAUCAAAGACAAUGAACAGGCCCUUUAUGAACUGGUAAAAUGCAAUUUUGAUGCUGAGGAAGCACUAAGAAGAUUAAGAUUUAAUGUUAAAGCUGCAAGAGAGGAGCUUUCCGUAUGGACAGAAGAAGAGUGCAGGAAUUUUGAACAAGGACUUAAAGCAUAUGGAAAGGAUUUCCAUUUAAUACAAGCCAACAAGGUCAGAACUAGAUCUGUUGGAGAGUGUGUAUCAUUUUAUUAUAUGUGGAAGAAAUCUGAGCGUUACGACUUUUUUGCUCAACAAACUCGGCUUGGAAAACGGAAGUACAAUCUUCAUCCUGGUGUAACGGAUUACAUGGAUCGUCUUCUAGAUGAGACUGAAAGUGCAGCAUCAAGUCGGGCAGCAUCACCUCCUCCUACUACCUCCAACAGCAGUACUAGUCAUUCAGAGAAGGAUGAUAGCAGCAAUCAGAAUGGAAUUGUUCCUCAUGGCCACUUGGAUUCAUUGUCCAAUAUGAAUGAAGCAAAAAGUGAAGAACUGCAAGUAAAUGGACCCAGUAGUCAUUCCCAAGACUCUUCCUUGAUAGAAAAAGAUACAAAUGGCUUUAACAAAGAGGUAUUCGGUGACAGCAGAAAUAUUCUGACUGCAGACGCUGAUGAGAACAGCAAGUUUGAAGAAAACAUGGACAGAUAUACCAAGAGACGGAAGCUUGAAAAUGAUUUUUCUGUAGAAACAGACACACCUGGGACAUCAUCUCAGGGGCUGAGUGCUAGUUUAAGAUCUGAAGAAGCUGUUGUAGAGAAUGACUGAAACAAUGCAGUUGGCACUGUCAAGAGAAUAACCAAAUGAGUGACUGUAAAACUGGGCUUCCAGUAACGUUAAGAAUGGAAUCAGUACACCACCGAAGAUUAAUUUGAUUGUAAUUUGCAUGUCUCCAUUUUAUAACAUUGAAUAUAAUGUUCCUGUUCAGAGUGCUAAAGCCACAUUAUUUCCAUUCAAGGAAACAUUUUCAGAACUAUCUAAAUUUUAACUGUUAUUUCCUGUUUGUAUCAGAAAUUCUUGCUAUUAUUUUUGUACUUAAAUAUUUAUAUUUUUAUUGUGUUUCAAAAAGAAAAAAACUUCUAAGCCAGCCUAUUGUAUUUGGCAAACUAGAAGCCUCUCUGUUUGAAAAAGGGAUACCCUAGCUUUAAUGGCAGGCAGUCUUGCACUUUUUUGUACAAUAGUCUAGUAACCAACUACAUAUCAUCAAAGCAAAUAAGAUUUGAAAUCCUGGACGCCUUAUAUGUACCCACUUGUUUUUAUAGGAUGUAAAAUGAACCUUUGGGAAGUCAAUGAGGUUUGUUAUGCGUAAAUGUCUGACAUCAGUGAUGUCUUAUAAAUCACAGAUUAUAUCUGGCAGAUAAAAUACUUGCUGUAUUUUUCCACAUUCUUUGUAGACUUUGAAUUUUUUAGAAAGUACUUAAAACUGAAAUGUUCUUUCUGUAAAGAUUGUAUAGUUUCAUGUUGUACAGUUCCUACACUUUUAACUUGGAAAAACAAAUAUAUAUAUAGAUAUAUAUAUUAAGAAUGAGUGUGAGCCUUGGUGAAUGAGCAGGUAUUUUCUCUUCGCAGACUGGCUUUUUUCAUAAAUAUAUAAUUUUCUAAGUGGAAUCUUACAUAUUUUUUGUCAUGCAGGUAACACCAAGCAUGCCUACCGAAUAGGCAUCAGCUACAUUGAAUAAAAUGUUAAGAUAAAAAGAUAA